AGACCACCACCACGGCAACGACACAGACCACCACCACCCCAGCGAAAUGGGUCCCCACCGUGAUGAUAAGGUGGACCACCAUGGAAACAAAACGGAAGGCGCCCGAGUCCGCCGGCGGCGAGGCGUGUCUGCUCCAGAGAAGCGGGACGUCCGCCCGGGAGUCUGGGACACGGCCUGCUUCAGCUCCAGCGACCUGCUUGAGAUUUACAAGAUCGACGCUGGCGCGGGACUCUCGCACCCCGACUUCAGCCGCCUGAGCCCUGCUCUGGUGCAGCAGCAGCUCAGCAAGGCCUGCUCCACCCCACGCAAGACCCCCGUCACCGGGAGCCUCACCACGGCAGAAAGGUACAUCUACGGCUCGCUGGCCACGCUGGUGAUCUGCCUGUGCUCGCUCUUCGGCAUCGUGCUGCUGCUCUGCACCGCCUGCACCAGCGCCUACCAGUAUGUGAUCCAGUCCUUCGUCAGCCUGGCCGUCGGGUCCCUCACGGGGGACGCCCUGCUGCACCUCGUCCCCAGGUUCCUGGGCUUGCAUUCCCACUCCCACGGCGAAGGUCAUGCGCACGACCAGCACGAAGCCGGGGACCAUGACGCCCUGUGGAAGCUCCUGGCCGUGCUGGGGGGCCUGUACAUCUUCUUCCUCCUUGAGAAGUUCUUCAUCCUCCUGGGAUACACAGGCGGCAAGGAGAAAGCCGAGUCCGGCAAGGGGCACCAGUGUGACCACGGCCUGUCCCUGCAGCUCUACCAAGACGAGAUGAAGAGGCGGAAGCAGGAGAAGGGGGCUUCUAACGCCGACCUGGUAGCUUCCGAAGACGCCGAUUUCGGACACGGGGAGAAGAAGGGGUACAGCCGAGAGCUCCGCAUCCUGCCGUACAUGAUCUCCAUCGGGGACGCCAUCCACAACUUCGCUGACGGACUGGCCAUCGGCGCGGCCUUCUCCUCCUCCUGGAGGACGGGGCUGGCCACGUCGCUGGCGGUCCUGUGCCACGAGCUGCCGCACGAGCUGGGGGACUUCGCCGCGCUGCUGCACGCGGGGCUGAGCGUCAAGCGGGCCUUGCUGCUGAAUUUCGCCAGCGCCCUCACGGCCUUCGUCGGCCUCUACAUCGCGCUCUCUGUGAGCACGGGGGAGCAGUUUGAGGCGUGGAUCUUCACUGUGGCCACGGGCCUUUUCCUCUAUGUGGCACUGUGCGAUAUGCUCCCGGCCCUGAUGAACGUGGAGGACACGCGGCCCUGGCUGCUCUUCGGCCUGCAGAACCUCGGCUUGCUGGCGGGCUGGGCCAUCCUGCUGCUGCUCUCGCUCUUCGAGGAGAACAUCGCGGUCUGAGCAGACGCUCCGGAUGGCGCCUCCCAGGGCCCGGGAGGCGGCGGGGCCCCUGGACCCCCUCGUGGGCA